CUGCAAAAGGGGAGGAGCGAGCAUUGCACGAAACCACAAACCACAACACACGAACCCAUCACAACAGGAGCAAAGAUCCGCCGUGCCCGAAUUGAGAAGCUAGCAUCAAUUAUCCUUGAAUUAUUGAGAUAACAGCAGACAGUAGCAGCCCGCCAUGUCAAAGCGUCCAGCCGAAUCCGACCCUCCUCUCUCUGAGAAAUCCUACAAGAAGCGUCCAUCAGUCACGAUGGACAUGACAAGCUACAGCGUCCUUGAGGUGGUGAUGAAGCAGCCGGGCCUUCUUCACUGGACUGAUCUUCUGAAGAUAGGUGCUACGUGCAAGGAGAUGAGCUCUUUGACCAAGCCUCUCCUGGAUUCCAGUCUAGCGCCUCUUUUGGAAUACUUGGAAGGAAUGUGUCGCUCCAAUGUCCAUUUUGAUUGCGCUAAAUUUUAUGCCCCUCGGUCGAUGCGUAAAUGUCAAUGCGAUGCUUCCAAUUGUCACCAUGACUCUGAGCUGCCUCAGAACCAAACUUUGGAUUCUCUGGAUCCUCGCAACAAGAAUGACUAUGAAAGCUGGAUCGCCUGCAAGAAAUGCUGUGCCAUGACAGAGUUUUUGGCUGCCGUCAUUGCCACCAUGCAAGCACACUUUGAUUUUUCGGACCCUUCCAAUCCCAAGCAGUGGCGCAGUGAGGGAUUGCUUGACGGUCCACAAAGCUCCAUUUUUUCCAUGAAGCACAAUCGAGCUAGUCUAGUUAUCAACCUGGCGGUUCUGAGUAUUUUCAAUCAUGCUAUCAAGUGUGGUGAUACAUGUACCGGUAGCCAUUACUUCAACAACGACCUUUUGGGCAAUGAUCCCAUUGAUGGAAGCGGAAGUUGUGGCUCUCUUACCCCACGUGAAACCCUUGAUGAAAUGCUCCCAUUGCGCAAUCAAGACUUUGUUCGCUUCAUUCGCGAUGAUCUUUACCCCACUCCUGAUGAGAUGGCAUUGCUUGGACCAAUUGUCCCCAAAGUGGUCCUGGCCACACCUCUAUUUUGUUGGGUGUCUCCCAACCCGGAUGGUGCAAUCAUGCUUCAAUCACUUCCUUCCAAACUGGAACCAAUCAAUGAUACUGAAAUCCGUGAUCGAUUUGGACUCGAGGAUGACUUGGAGCGGGCCAACAAACGUUUGGCGGACAGUUGACUUCGUCCACUUGGUAUCCAUACCGUGAGGACCGCGUCUAAAGGGUGAAUCGAAUCUACUGAAGCCGCUGUGCUUCGUGCAAUCCGAUACGUGAACUACAUGUGCAUCCGUCAGAUACACAACAGAGAAAAAGGGAAUUCAUACACAAGGGAUUCAUACACUAUAGGAAUAUAACUAAUGAGACAAGGCUGUUGUCAAUUCG